ACGACCCUGUUAAAGCGGUGAAGCGCAUUAAUGAAUUUGAGUGGACUAUGGUCAAACUAAAAGAAUUGAUCAAUAAAUGCGUUCAGGACGACUCCGAAAAACUUAUUAAUUUUACACGGUUUUUGAAGGAGUGCGAAGCCACAACGUCCGACGACGUAGAACCUCACCAACCUUUGACAAAACGUCAAAAAAUUACCAGGCAUCAAGUGGAAGAACUUGAAGACGAUGAAGAUGAAGCAGAUGUUUCUUACCAAAAAAUAAAGCUGAAAGGGUUUAAUGCGUCCCGGAGGAAAGUAACGAAAACUUAUGAAAAAAUGAUUAAUGCAGUGUCUAGGAGUGUGCAAGGAAGAUUUGAAGAGUUCCGAGUAAGUGUGGUGUUUAAAAAUCUGCCAGUCAUAUUGGACUUUGCAAUGUGGCCCAAGGAGGACGAAGCACUUAAGCGGUAUGGCGACAAGGCAAUUUUAGAACUGAAAGAGUUUUACCAGGCUUUACUUGUUCAGAAUGGAUGCAACAUUGACAAAGUCGUCUCAGAAUGGAAUCGUUUGAAGGUUUGAAUAGUAAAUGCAUCGUUUUCCUUUCGUAUUAUACAGUUGGAUAACUGAAUAUUUCUUCUGCUAUUGCCACGUCAAAAGCUACAUAGUUGGAGCAGAAAAAAAGGAAAAAUAUGUAAAUGUAUGGCAAAGCAUCUGGGAAAAUGUUAUAAUGCAAAAAGAGUGCAAAAAUGUACUGCAUAUAAUUGAAUUGUUGCUCAUAACACCAUUCACGAAUGCCAAGGUGGAGUGUUUAUUUAGCCGAAUGAACAGAAUUAAGACAACUCUGCGAAAUCGUUUGAGUACACAACGACUCGACGCUCAGCUAAGAAUUGGUGAAGAAGGAUGCCCGCUAGCUGAAUUCAAUGCGGA